AUGUCCUUGAAGGCCAGAAGUAUGCCGGAAGGCACCAAUAUCGAUAGGGCUGCAUCCCGCUUGGUUAGUAUGUUAUUUCGUGGUGGGGCUUUCGGACUUGAACCACCACCAUCAUCACCACCUGCUGCUGCUGCUGCUCCACAAGUUUCUGACUCUGUACUACAUCAGCCGUUCUCUGGCCCUCCGGAGACCAUACCUGAGGUUAGGCCUGAAGAGAGCUCUGAUUCAUCAGUUCACAGCGACAAUACCCUGUCUAGCAUUGUAGUAGGAGUAGGAGUAACAGCUCCUCAAAAUACUACAAUGCCUGAUGAAACCACAGGGUCGCUACUACUCGAUACUAAUGUCACUGGAUUCACCACGCUCGAUUCUCUAAUUACCCCCUCUAAUCCAAGCAAUGAGGUUGCUAAUAAAAUCUCUGCUCCCACGUUUGGUGGUAAGGAUGGUAACAAGAGGUCGACAGGUCCGACUCACAUCAAUAUGAGUGAGCUUACUGUGGAGAAUCGAGAUCGAUUACUAUCGUUGAUACCUAGAGAUCCUCAGACGGGAAUGGUGCUCUCUGCGGGCAGUAUCGUGCACGAGCUUGGUACUUGUAGGCCUUGUGUAUUCGCUGGUAAUGCGGAGAGGCCCUGCGUGUACGGUAUGGAGUGCCUCUUCUGCCAUUUCCAUCAUGAUAUCCGUAAAAGAUCAAGGCUGAAUCGUAAGCAACGUGAAGAAGCUCGUAAGAUGCGGGAGACUCAGAAUUCUAUUGGCUUUAGUCUUGGUUCUCCAUUACUUGGUGACGAUGCAUCAGCAGAAGAGAUCUAUACAAGUCUUGUAGGUCAUGCUCAUGCUGUGGAACUACAAAAGAUCACACUAGAUCAUCUAUUGGAUGGGGGUGACGCCAAGUCGGAGUUCAUCGAGGUCUCAUUAACUCGUGACCGUGGUGGGAGUAAAAGCACAAGCCUCCAGAUAGUGCCACUCGGUGAUCCCCAUUACCAAGUUGUUACCCAAAUGAUGCAGGAUCUACCUCCCCACUCUAUUUUCAACCACUGUGCAUGGCGAGUAACGGAAAGGGAUUACCUUCGCUUCGCCAGGGCCCGGAAUGGAAGAGUGAAUGAUGCAUUGAAGUUAAUGAAGGAGCAUGUCGAGUCCCGUAGAGUCCAUGGUCCGAUUGAGCACAUGAGGCCACAUGUACACUUUCCCCAUGCACUAGCGAGCAAGGCGUGGAAGUUCGCUGGAGUGACUCGUUGUCGUCAUCCUUUUGCUGUCUUCAAGGCCAAGAAUGUCGUCCCUAAGGACAUACAAGGCGGCAUCACUGAGUACGUCAAAUACUUAGCAUACAACCUGGAUUCGCUCGGAAAAACUGCGGAUUCUAUCCCUGAAAGUGAUGGGAAAUUAGUGGUUCUCAUAGACCUAGAAGGGUGGUCAAUGUCUCGAAAUGUCGACAUGUCAUUCGCCCGACAGUUUGUACGUCUUGCUCAGGACGAGUUCCCUGAACGCUUACACGCUGGGAUACUCGUUAAUAGCCCCUUUGUUUUUACUGCUUUCUGGCGUGUAUUGAAGCCUUGGCUGGACAGUCAAACGAGAGAGAAGAUUGACAUUUUGGGCAGCAAUUUUCAUGAUACUCUAGUGAGCAGGUUUUUGGACAAGGAGCAACUGGAAGCAGUAUACGGUGGAACGCAUCGACCCUAUCCAGACACUGUUGAACAUACUCUGUCAUUCUUAUAA